GGGAGUUGCCGAGGAUAUUGAUCGAAGCUGAACUUCUUCAAAGUCAGAAGGAGAGUGAAUGCCAGCACAUGGUGUAUCUGUCUCACCGUGUCCUGAAGACUCAUGACGUUUGGACAUGUCGAUACUGACGUGGGGACUGUUUUUAAGAGUGGAGAUGCACAAGCAGUGAAAGUUUACCAGGAUCUGAGUUGCCUAGUUAAGAUCGUGUGGACCAGGCAUGCUGGGUUUCAAUCUCUGUCAGUGCCGGGGAGGAGCAAGAGCGCCGCGGAGACGCAGUAUGAAGCACCCUCACUGCAUGCUCGCACUUUCACUGUUCCUGCUCUCCAGCUCGUGUUUCUCACAAGGUGUUCUUGCAUCACCUCAGCGGUUUCCAGCAGAACAGAAGCUACGUCUCUGGAGUGAGGUAGAUGAUCUGUGUUCUUCCUUUCUUUCUGCAGUUCCUCAGUCGCAGUCAUCUGGUACACUGAAAGAACUGUGCUAUAUGGCUUUGACAAUUCUGGAGCGGCAUCAGGAUGUAGAAGACAAGGGUGAAAACAAAAGGUUCUUAUUUCAUUACUCCAAGACCCAUGACACAGGCAACUCUAAUUUUAUGUCCUCUGUCCUGCACCCCUUGCUGCAACUUGUCCCUGAGCUUCAUGAACGAAGAACGAAGAAAGGCAGAGGUGAUGAAGAAUUUCAAGGACCAGGUGGAAUUCAAAGUCGAGGCUACUUUAUGUUUAGGCCACGCAAUGGAAGAAGAUCAUCUAGUUUUCGUUAACAGGAAGACGAUCAUCUGCAGCAAUGAUUUACAAACAUAGUGAAAAUGGUGUAUAGACAGCAAUGUACAAGCAGCUAUGCCUACACCUUUCUAUACUGGCCUGUUUAAUUGCUUAGUUUUGUCUUUCAAAUACUCUGCAUGCUAACUUACUGUACUUUGUUAAAAAAUUCUUGUUUUCCUUAUGAAUUGCACCAGUAGAAUUGAAAGUAAACAAGUGAAAUAUUUCUGUACGUGUUAGUAAAUUGUGGCUUAACUAUGAUUAGUGUGUAAAUAUCACUUAAAGGCCAAACAUUGAUGUAAUAUGUUGUAUGUUACCACAUUCAAUUCUCACCCUCUCUGUUUAUGACAAUAUCACCACAUGUACAAGUUAAAUUAAAAUUCUU